AUGUCAUCGCCGUUCUCGCUCAUACCGCCAGAAGUCAUCCUCGAGAUAGCGCUAUACGCCCAGGAUCAAUGGCACACGGACGUGAUGUCCCCUCAAGCACCUUAUGCCGGUGUUCGUCGACUGGACUCCCCCCUUCCUCAGGGUACAAUGCGAGAGAAGCCUUGCUGUCAUAAUCUGGAAUACUCCGUAGUACCCGAGUGCUACGAUGACUCCCUUCCCAUCGACGGGCUGUCCCCUGCACACGCACUAAGCCUUACAUGCCGCUGGAUACGCAGCCUCGUCAUCGCCUUUGACCCGCUCUGGCAGACCGAGAGUGUAUUGUACCGGAAGAACGCGGAAAACUCCGGGCUGUAUCAUGUUUAUCCACCCCGGAGUCGCCAAUAUACUAUCGCGUACGGCUCGCGCACGUUGGUCGCUUUGCAAGCGUGCUCCUGCCUUCUCAAAGGCCUCAGCGCCUAUUAUCCAUCGCUGCAAAGCGUCAAGGUCGCCAUCGCCCCCGCAAUCCCCGGCCUACCAGGCUCUUGUGCGGAAGAGUUCUUCGAGAGACAUAACGGUGCUUUGCAUAGUAAACUGCAGCACUUUGAUCUUGAGAUUCUACAACAUUCCCGCACAGUCGACCGUUUCCACGUUCGUGCUGUUCGCACCACAUCGCUCCUCUCGUCGCGGGCUAUCAAAUCGUCGCUCGUGUUCUUCUCUCCCCGGCUAACCUCUUUGUAUCUAUUCUAUCCAUUAUCUCUUCGGCCUCGCCUCGGGCCGCGGUUCUUUGUCGCCCUGGUCGCAUGUGGCGAGAAGCUUCAAUACUUGACCAUUGAUGCGGGGAGCGCCGUUGUUCACGCCAUGAACCAUGUCGCACUUCCCGAACUACGAUACUUCCGUCUCGUAGCGCCCAUUCGAGAAGGAGCAUUCCUUCUCAGUCACUUGAGGCUUCCUGCCCAGGUAGAUAUCCAUCUAGAGCCUGUUGUCGAAUGGCGGGCCACCGCACCCACGCAUGAUGAUGAUGUCGCACCGCCGACACUGAGGUCUGAGGUGCCCUUUCACCUCUUGGACGAUGAGGCCGAAACGGGAAAUCGCCGAGGUGCACUAUGGAGAUAUGCUAACGCACUCGCGACGCCGGACAAGACGUGGGUUCUCUUUCAAGAUCUUCAUGCCAGCGCGCUGCCAGCAACAGAGAAUCUGUGGGAUACGCUCACCACGAUCGCGCUGGAUGUAAGACUGGAUCCCUCGGCGUCGGCGUCGGAACGCGAAUGUGCGCGAUUCCCGGAGGUUGUUGGUGUCAGCUAUACUCGGAGUGUACCAGAGAUGCAUACCCUCCUAUCAAACCCUGGUUUCGAUUGGAAAUCUUCCCCUCCGCCGAACGGGAAGACCACCGUGCGUCGCUCGCUCACGGUCAGGGACGGAGUGUACGACGCUGUUGUCAGGGACAGCUUCUACCGCCCGCAGUUCCUGAAACCAGUCUAUGAAUGUACGAAUUUCGUGCUGAACACCGCCCUCCGAGGGAAAAAGGAGACUUUGUUCUACGGGAGCCCGUCUUGCCGCUCCUUGGUGCUACACGAGGCGUCUUUCAUACCUCGCUACUCCAUGGGGUGGGAAAGCAUACUUUCUUCUUUUCUGAAACUUGAGCUGGUCGUCAUCCGCUGCCGGCGAAUCGACCUCGAAGGAGCCCUCGAUCUAUCGUCAGGGCAUCUUGAGCCGGCCCAUUUGGAGGCCCUGGCGAUCUACUUGAACGAUGCCGGGCAUCCCGACCAUCCUCCUUGUGUCCAUCUUAAACAGAUCCGCAUUGUAUGUCAGGACUAUCUUCCGACAACCAUGCGGUUAUUCUGCGCUCAUUGGGCUGCCCGCUACAACGGGCUGUCACGUUUGCGUCAGUGUGGGCCGAUAGAUGUGGCUAUGUCGAGUAUGGACUCUUUACAAUGA